UAGUGUGUGUGGAAACGUUUUUUCUGUAGCUGGAGCCAUAAAGUGGGCGGAGCACUUCUCAGGUAACACAUCACACCGGCUGACCAAUGAGCUACAAGGACAAGCUGUACAUCAACACGCCCCUGCUCGAAAGCCACCCGCUCUCAAAGCAUGCUGGGAUUACCGUGUACCUGAAGUUGGAGAACGUCCAGCCGUCCGCGACCUUCAAAAUCCGCGGCAUCAGCCAUCUUUGUCAGAAGGCACUGAAGGAAGGAGCCAAACACUUUGUCUGCUCCUCAGGUGGGAACGCCGGACUUGCGGCUGCGUACUCGGCCCGGAAACUCGGCGUCCCGGCGACCAUCAUCGUGCCAGAGAGUACUCCGACCUUCGCAGUGGAACGACUGCGGGGGGAGGGCGCCACGGUAAAAGUCGGGGGAAAGGUAUGGGACGACUCCAACCAGCACACCCUGAAGCUGGCCCAGCAGCCGGGAUACGUCUACAUCCCUCCGUUUGAUCAUCCUGUCAUCUGUAAGGAACUCGCCAAAAAGCCUGGAGCGAUCAUAUGUACCGUGGGGGAAGGGGGGCUGCUGAGCGGGGUCGUGGCCGGACUCAGGAAGGUCGGCUGGACGGAUGUUCCGGUGGUCGCCAUGGAAACCAAGGGUGCGGACAGCUUCAAUGCAGCAGUGACUGCUGGAAAGCUAGUGACUAUACCUGACAUCACCAGUGUUGCCAAGUGCCUUGGAGCCAAGACUGUUGCACAGGAGGCUUUUAACCUCAGCAAGCAGCACCCCAUACACUCCGUAGUAGUGACUGAUGAGGAGGCAGUUGGGGCUUGUGCAAAAUUCCUAGAUGAUGAGCGCCUCCUGGUGGAGCCGGCCUGCGGUGCAGCCUUGGCAGCGAUCUACAGCCCUGUGAUCUCCAGACUGCAGGACCAGGGCAGACUGCCAGGGGGCGUCACGUCUGUUGUGGUGGUGGUUUGUGGCGGGAACAACAUCACACUGAAGCAGCUGGAGACGUGGAAGGGGCAGCUAGGCCUGACUUGAGACCACUCCAGCACAAUUUGCUGUUUUUAGUUUUUAAAAACUGUAGAACUAGAGGAUCACCAAGAAAACAGAGUCUGAGGGAAAAAUCUGUACCUAAUUGGUACACAGAUUCAGGGAGUUCAAUUCAACAAAUAUAGUCAGAUUUAAUCCUCAAAGCCUCCUGUUUUAACAUUGACCCUUUGCUGGCUUUACAAAUUUUUGUUUUUAGAUCUGAAAAAAGGAAAAAAAGUCAACAUAAAGAGGUCUGAGGGGAGGGUCUUUACCUUCAGUUGGUAAACACAGUUUUUGGGAAUGAACAGUCAGACUCAAACCCCCGCCCGAGCCUAUUGUUUUCAUCUUGACAUUUUGCUGCAUUAAAAAAGAUAUUGUCGAACCGAUGAAAAGAAUUGAAGUGGCCUAAGGGCAACAGUGAUGUUUAGAAACGGGCCCCUGAUGUCGCUGAUGUCUCAGUUUCACAUUUUCUCAGGAUCAGAAGAGGAUAAAUUCGCACAAUUGAUUAGUAGUUGAUCAAAUGUUCUUAAGUCAACGACACAUUUGAAAGUCAUAUCAAUAUGAAUCAGUAUCGGUACAUUUGACUUUGGCAGUGUCAGUUGAAUUUUGAGAUGAUUGAGACAAUGUUACUUGGUGAGAAAGAUUAGUGGGAACUGAAAUCUUGUGUAAGUUAUUGCUCUCGUUCAAUUAAUCAGCAUUUUUUCUAUAGAGGCCACCUGACUAUAGUGGCCACAUUUCUCCAGUUCCUUGAGUGUCCGCUAUAGACAGGUUUGACUGUAUGUGUGGAGAAACGUAAUAAACAAAUACAUGUUUAUCAGGUUAGCUGUAUUGGGAAAUACAUCUGAAGAUUUCCGCCAUUUCCAGGUGUACUUUUCUUGCUUUUCCUCUAUGGAAUAAAAAGUAACAAAGUUAAAAACACACUUUUUUUUUUAUAACUUACGUUUGUUACCCCACCCCCAAAGAGGCACAGUUCAUCCCUCUUGUCUGUUCUAACUAGUCCUGAAACCAACCAACAACCCUGCAUUAUAAUCAUCAGUCAGUAACAACGCUGGAGACAGACUUUUAGUUCCCCUUUGAACUUUUUAUUCAACCCAUUUUCACCCAAAAAUAACAAGUAACAAUGUCAAUAGUACUAAAUGAGCAAAGUUGAGCUCUUUUACACAGUCAAGUUUGAAACAACAUAAGGAAGAUCUAUAAAGUUAGUUUUAGUAAAGCACAUCCUUUCACCAUAAAAUUGGACAAUUGUAACAGUGUUAUAUCAUAACAGUAAUAUAUAUAUAUAUAUUAUAUCACUAUAAAGUAAUGAGCAAUAGUUUGACAGAAACAAGUGUUACCUAUCAACAGGGUCAUUCUCGAUCAAUUAUUAUUCAAAAUGCACCAUUUAUUGUACAUAUAUAGAUUCAAAUGAAAAAUAAGGAUCAACCAUUUUUUGUUGUCCUCUAACUAAACAGUCUCUCCACACAGACCCUCGUUUCACCUAAAAGACAAAUCCCUCCGGUAUUAUAUAGCAGCGCUGGAUAACCAAAAUACCAAUUUCUGAUUAACAAAAACUGCAACCGUCAGAAAUGGGGGUCUUCAGGGGUUUAUCAUGACAUCACUGCUGUGUAUGUAUGAAAUGCUGAGAAUAUUUUGGAGUCUUCAGGGGUUUGUCAGGACAUUACAUCUGUGUAUGUAUAAAAUUCUGGGGAUAUAUGGGGGUCUUCAGGGGUUUAUCAGGACAUCGCUGCUGUGUAUGUAUGAAAAUGUUGGGAAUAUUUUGGGGUCUUCAGGGGUUUAUCAGGAUAUUACUGUAGUGUAUGUAUGAAUUGUUGGGGAUAUUUGGGGGCCUUCAGGGGUUUCUCGGUAUGAAAUGUUGGGAUAUUUGGGGGUGUUCAGGGGGUUAUCAAAAUUCUAUUGCUGCAUGGGGGGGGGGCUGAGAAUAUGAUGUUUGGGGUUUUAGUUUAGCAAAAUAGCGCCUGAAGAAACAUAACACUUGUUAUUGGAGCGUACAACGAACAUGAAAUGCUGGAUAUAGUAAGUUAUAUAAUAAUAAUGAAAUGUUAAAAUAUACAUCCUUUGAUCACAAA